UGUGGAUGUCUGGGCGCUCUUUGAGAGCUGGUAGCUGCUGAGGGAAACACCACACGCCCUCUGCUUCACUUUGCAAAGCUUUACUUCUUCAGUGGACGGAUUUCAAUGGGAAAUAUCUUCCAGUUUCAGGAGGGAAGUGCUGGCGGCGGCUUCAGCACUCUGGACAGCGCUCCUGGAAGUUUGAGAGGAUUUAAUUGAAUUGGAUUUUGGGCGCCGUGUCAGGGGAUGAAAAUGGUUGAUUCUAAGUGUUUAUUAUCAACUAAAUGCGAAGGUAACCUAAUGGUGAACCUCCUGGAGUGAGACAUGGACUUUGCUGAAAUCCUUUUCGCUUCGUUCAUCGUCGUGGUCGCCGUCGUCUCGCUGUUGUCAAACUUGUUGGUGCUGUUAUGUUUCGUCCACAGCACCGAGAUUCGCCGGCAGGUUCCCGGUGUUUUCACCAUGAACUUAUCCUUCUGCAACAUCCUCAUCACUGUUUUAAACAUGCCGGCCACUCUGGUUGGGAUUAUCCGGAACCAGCAGCCUUUUGGGGAUUGCGUGUGCCACACGGUGAGCUUCCUGGAGACUUUUCUCACAGCCAACACCAUGUUGAGCAUGGCGGCGCUCAGCAUAGACCGGUGGAUAGCGGUGGUGUUCCCGCUCAGUUACUCCACCAAAAUGCGCUACAAGGACGCACUGAUCAUGGUGUGCUACUCGUGGCUGCACUCCUUCACCUUCUCCCUGACGGCGCUGCUCUUCUCCUGGGUGGACUACAGCCACGCGUACGCGUCCUGCACCCUGCAGCCGAGCGAGGAGGGCAGCGACAGGAUGAAGUUCACGGUGUUCACGGUGGUUUUUCACGCCACCAGCUUCAUGCUCUCCCUGCUCACCCUCUGUUUCACCUACCUGAAGGUGCUGAAAGUGGCCAGGUUUCACUGCAAGAGGAUUGACAUAAUCACCAUGCAGACUCUUUUCCUGCUGGUCGACAUCCACCCAAGUGUGAAACAAAGAUGUUUAGCUGAGCAAAAGAGGAGAAAACAGAGAGCCACAAAGAAGAUCAGCAUCUUCAUUGGCUCCUUCAUUAUCUGCUUUGCUCCUUAUGUCAUUACAAGGUUGGCUGAGCUUUUACCCUUUGUGGAUAUCAACCGCCGCUGGGGAAUCAUCAGUAAGUGCCUGACAUACAGCAAGGCUGCAUCCGACCCCUUCGCCUACUCCCUCCUACGUCAGCAGUACAAGAAAGUCCUGGUUACUGUCGUCAACAGGCUGCUACGCCGUGACUUGUACCCCUCGUCUGGCCAUAACAGCUCUUUAGACACGGAGAACGACUACUGUCUUCAGAGGAUCAGCUAAUAGUGAAUGAGCGGGCACGACAGGUACACACUUUGAGCCAAAGAUAAAGGUUGCCUCGUGGAAGAAGGUGGGCGGAGGAGAAGAAUGAGCAGAGAGACUGGGAGGAGAGUAAAUUGUUAAGGAAGGAGAAAGAGAGCAGACAGAGGGGACAGAUUGUGGGUGGGGGUUGAAGAAAGAGCUAAAAUAAGGAAAAUGGUGGGUGGAGAAGAGUGAAGAGACAGUAAUGAGGGGGAGGAGGAGCUGAGAAGGUGAAGACAUAGAGAGUGCAAAGGGGGUGAUGUGGAAGACGUUUGCCUCGGACAGCAAGGGCAAACAAGGUGAUCUAUGUUUCAUCAACACACAAAACAACACGGAUCACAAGAAUCAAUUUCAUCAAAUAAAUCCCAGGGGGGAGAUUCAUCUUAAACUGAAGGACCACACUGCUGGAGGCAGACUUGGAAAAAAAAAAGUGGCCUUUUUUUGUUGUUCCGACCACUUUAUAAUGACUUCAGCAAAUCCCGGUGUUGUGACCUUUGCACUGCCACAAAACGCAGCCUGAGGCCGAUAAAGGCGCUGGAGCAAAGAUUUGAAAAUGUCUUACUUUAUUUUAAUGAAUGUACUGUUAGGUGAGGCUUUACCUUAAUGCCAUGUUCUGUAUUGACAAUGUUAGAAUACUUUGCAGUGUCAUGUCAGUCACUGAAUAUUGAUGCACUUUGUCUAAAUCUCUCAGAGCAACUGUAGUUACAGGAGCCAAAGGAGGGGACCAUUUAUAGCUUGAUAUUAAAGGAUAAGGCGAGGGAUAUUCUAUGUUGUUUUGUUGUUAACAAAUUCCAUGAAAAGUCCAAUAUCUACAAUAUUAUACACUGUAUGGUAUUAUGUAUCGUGAGUACUAGAUGCUCCAAAGAUGUAAAUCCAUGAAAAAGGUGUUGGAUUUUUUUAUUCAAGAUUUUAUAAUUUCCUUUGACAGCUGGGUACUGUUGAUUUAUGUAAACAUUUCUCAAUGUAAACAUUUCUCAAUCAGGUGAAAACAUAGCUUCUUUAAGACCCGGAUUAAUACACAAUUUGUGAACUCAAUAAAUGUAUGGCAAUAUUAGAACUGAAAAUAAACGUCAGUGCCCUGGUUUUCCAUUAUGAAGACAAAUGUCACCACUCAGCUUAUUUUCACUUCUCACUCUUAAAACGUGGAAUCUUGGUCAGUGGCCCAAUGCAUCAAUAUUCAAAACUAUAGGCAUCUCUUUAAUUAAGAAACAAAUUGUUUUGUUGUGAUUUUUUGAAGUCAUGUAAAGCACCAGUGGUGGCGUUUUUGGAGAGAGCAAACAAACAUGAUAUUUUCAUCAGGAGGAUCUGUAUUCUUUUCCCGUGAUCCCAAUGGUUAAUGUUGACUUCUUUGGGACUCGACUCGUAUUUUACCACUUAAAGCGCUUUUACACUACAUGUCACAAUAAGUCAUUCACACACACAUUCACACACUAGAGGCAAAGGAUAAAUGAUCAAGUAGCCAUCAGUGCGUUCAAAUACCAAUGUUGAAGCCACCGAGAGCAUCUUAGAUUUCAUUGCUACAGCUACUGGAGCUGCAACUUUCUGAUUGAAAGAUGACUGACUCCACCACUGAGCCACAGCCACCCCAUAGCAUACGUUGGGUAACCUACAUUUUUAAUUUAACGUAACGUCCUUAGUAACAUUAUAUACGUAAACAGACUUAAGCUAACGUACAUUUGUGUCAUUAUUAAGGUACAAAUGUUAAGCAACCUACAUAUGUUAGCUUCACAACCGCUUACAUACUGAACUUCUGAUUCAGACCCAACUAUGAUCUUUUUCCUUUACCUUACCAAGUUGUGUUGACUCAAUCUAACCAAACUGUACACUUUUCACAAUGCUAUUUGGUAUAUAUCUUUCCCAUCCAAAAUUUGAAAUGACUAAAGUCUUCUCAGCAAGCUUGCUGGAUGUUUCUAAAUAUAUUUUUGUGUUAAACUGAAGGACUGAGGGAAAUGUUACAGUUGCUAACUUGCCACUGGGCCAGCAUGAAGCCUGGUCACUGGCACUGACCAUCUGUCAUACUUGGUGAGUUGGAAGUGAGAAUAUGUUGAACCUGUUGGUGGGUUCACUGAUGUGUUUAAAAAAAUGUUUUUGACAAACUAAAAGCAAAGGCCAACCCCCUAAAAGCAAAGCCCCUUUAAAGCAAGCAUAUUUGUUAAUGUGACUGCUGUGAGUGGCAUUAUUCAGUGGCACAGUAGAGAGAAGUUUAAAUGUUAAUACGCCACUUACUUUGCAAAACAUUGAGAGCUCACCUUUCAUUUAAUGAAAUCCAACUCACUUGAGAAUUAACACAAUAUUCUCACAAUUACAGAAAAGAUUGGUUUUAGUGGCUUCACAGUCUUGUCAAUAGGAAGGUCAAUACAUUAUUGGUUUUGGGCUUUUCGUGGGAUUUGUUGUGAGUGCAGAAUGUUUCCUGACUUCAGCUUAGAAUUGUGACUUUGUAAUUGUACUAGGGAUAGCCCACUUUUGUACAACUUUGCUUUGUUCUGCCAGUUGACUGAAAAAACGUUUCUAUGUUUCUAUUUAAAUGAUGGUAUAAUAUACAAUAUAUAUAUAUAUAUAUAUAUUUUGCACUGUACAGGAACAACUUUUGUCUAGAUAAAUGGGGAGCUAUGUGAUGUAGCAUAGGAGAGCUUUCAAAGUGCUUUAAACACACCGUUUUGUCUUUGUGCCAGAUUUGAAUAUGUGAUUUUUCCAUCUGUACCAGAUUAGCUGCUUAUUUAUUAAAAAUCUGUUUUUUUGGAUGUAAUUAACGCACAUGUAUCAUUCCUCCUGUGAGCCACUUGCUGUUAGGCAGUGUGAUAGCUUUAAGUGGAAUCUGUGCAAUAAAACCAUCAAUUAUGAAGCUAAUAGAAAUAAUAAUGUUUCAAAGCAAUGUCAAUGAAGUUAGAUAAUGCCCUUUGCUUUAAUUUAUAAAUUGAA